GCACUAACCGUGUCUACUCUGCUGCACAAAAAGCAGGAAGCAGACAGAGCCCCGUGUGCGGUUAGCUCGGAGCUAAAGCUAAAAACACUUUGUUAAAAUGUCCAAAGGCCAAACGCUGAGAGCUUUGGUGAAUGAGCGGCUGACUGCGGCUGCUGAAGAGAUCUUUGCGCUGUUUGAAAGAACGAUAGCGGAGUAUGAGGAGGAACUGUGUCGCUCCAAAGAGGAGAACCAGAGGAACCUGGACACUUCACAGACUCCACGGAUUAAAGAGGAGCCAGAGGAGCAGAGCGUCAAACAGGAGGAAGACACGCUCCCAGCACAGGUCCCAGUGCGCAUCCCAGAGUCCAGUGCUGUCUGGGUUAAGACAGAAGAGUCCUCAAUGCUUCAACAUAGACAAACUGAGCACAGAGAGGAAACACAGGGAGAGGACAUCAGCACAGAGCCACAUUUACACUCAGAGACUGAGGGACACACGGAGCACUCCUCUGACACUGACAAUGAUGAAGACUGGAGAGCUCCAAUCAGCUGUUCAGCUGCACAGAUGGAGACAGAGGCUGAUGGAGACCACUGCAACCAAGUCCAGAAAGGCCAAACGCUGAGAGCUUUGGUGAAUGAGCGGCUGGCUUCAGCUGCUGAAGAGAUCUUUACCCUCUUUGAAAGGACGACAGCGGAGUAUGAGGAGGAACUGUGUCGCACCAAAGAGGAGAACCAGAGGAACCAAGACACUCCACAGACUCCACGGAUUAAAGAGGAGCCACAGGAGCAGAGCGUCAAACAGGAGGAAGACACGCUCCCAGCACAGCUCCCAGUAGGCGUCCCAGAGUCCAGUGCUGUCUAUGUGAAGACUGAGUCCUCACUUCUUCAACAUAGACAAACUGAGCACAGAGAGGAGACACAGAGAGAGGACAUCAGCACAGAGCCACAUUUACACUCAGAGACUGAGGGACACAUGGAGCACUCCUCUGACACUGACAAUGAUGAAGACUGGAGAGCUCCAAUUAGCUGUUCAGCUACACAGAUGGUUUCAGCCCAAGGAGCUGAUAAGAAGAAACACCAGUGCUCUGUGUGCAAGAAGAAGUUUGGAACUAAGCAUACUUUACAAACACACAUUAGAAUUCACACCGGAGAGAGACCAUUCGGCUGUAUAAUAUGCGAAAAAUCAUUUACUACAAAGGCCCAUCUUCAUGAGCAUGUAAUGAUACACACCGGUGAACGACCUUACAGCUGUUUAACGUGUGAGAAAACAUUUACUCAAAAGUGUAGACUAGAUGCACAUAUGAGAGUGCACAAAGGAGAGAGACCAUUCAGCUGUUCAAUAUGUGAGAAAACAUUUACCAUAAAGCGUAGUCUAGAUGCACAUAUGAGAGUGCACACAGGAGAGAGACCAUUCACCUGCUCAAUAUGUGCAAAAACAUUUGCCAUAAAGGGUAGUCUGGAUAAACAUAUGAGAGUGCACACAGGAGAGAGACCAUUCAGCUGCUCAACAUGUGAGAAGAAAUUUUCUCAAAAGUCCCAUCUACGUGUACAUGUAAAGGUACACACUGGUGAACGACCUUACAGGUGUUCGACAUGUGAGAAGACAUUUUCUCACAAGGCCAAUUUACAUGAACAUGUAAAGACACACACUGGUGAACGACCGUACAGCUGUUCAACAUGUGAGAAAACAUUCGUCACAAAGUCUCAUCUAUGUAAACAUGAGAGAACGCACACUGGUGAGAGACCUUACACCUGUUCCAUUUGUGAUAAAGGGUUUUCACAAAGCUCUAAUUUGACGAGACACAUGAGAACUCACAGAACAGAAACUGACUGAAGGCUAAUUGUUUGUGUUCAUGAGGUGUUAUAAAGAGCCUAGAAUCAUUUUGUCGAGUCUACUUUUGUUUAAUUCCAGGCUUAAACGGUUUUGUUUAGCUGUGCAUAUGACUGAAAGGGUUUUAUUCUGCAUUUUCUCUUUAAUCUUAAUUUCAUGAUGAUUAUUUGCGAUUAUUUAUGUUUUGAUUUGUUGUAUUAUGUGUAUUGUGUGUCUUUCUUAUUCUGUAAAGCUCUUCGAAUUACUUUGUGUACGAAUUGUGCUGUACAUAUAAAUUUGCCUUGUUUACUUGUGACGACAGUAGAAAUACAUCUAAUAUCAAAGCUUGUAAUUUUAGUAGUUUUUUUUGUUUCUUUGUUUAUUAAAUAGAACGUCAGCAAGUGACUUAUUUUUUUUACUCGAAAACCUUUUAUUAAAAAAUGGAAGAAACUGAAAUAAUUGUUUAUAUUAAUAAAGAAGAA